UACUAGUUGCAAAUAUAAAAUACUAAAUUAGUACUUUAAGUAUUGAGUACUAAAUUAAUAUUUAAAUAAAAACAUUUCUAUACCACCAAUAAAUCUAGUGAUUUUAAAUAAAAUAAAAAACCAUGAUACGGUUAAUGUUAAUAUCAUGUAUUUUCUUGAAUACAAUUAAUAGUCAAAUAACAUUAGCCCAAUAUUAUUAUCAUAAUCCGAGAGCAUUAGCUAAAUCCUAUAUACAUCAAGUACGUUAUUUUGGACCUACCGUUCAACAUAUACAUUUAGAUCAAAGACAUAUAGAAGAAAAUCCUGCAGAAAAAAAUAUACAAUUUUUAUCACAAAAUGAUUUAUCAGAACCGAAUUUAGGACAAUUUAGACCAUCGUCAAUAUAUAACAGAUUACCAUUACAAUUUCCGCAAUCACAACUACCAUCAUUACCACCACCACCACCUCCACCCAUACGUAUGUGUCCGCGUUCUAGAAGAGGACUUGAUUUAGUUUAUGGAUGGCGUGAUAUAGAAUUUUUAUUUCCAACUCGUUAUGAAUAUGAAAAUGCAAUACGUAAUCGUUUUUAUGUUGAACGUGCUGGUAAUCCAAUUGAUGUUGCUGUUGAAUAUAAAAAUAAUGGUAAACGUCGUGUAUUUGUAACAAUACCACGUUUUCAAGAUGGUGUACCCUUUUCAUUAGCAUAUGUUUCGGAUACAAGAAAUGGUCCAAAAGGACCAGCACUUGUACCAUAUCCAAAUUAUUAUUGGCAUUCAACAACACAUCGUGGUUUAAAUUGUGAAGGUAUAACAUCAGCAUUUAGAGUUGCGAUUGAUCCAUGUAAUCGUAUGUGGGUAAUUGAUUCAGGACGUAUAGGUGAUAUACAAUAUUGUCCACCGCAAUUAUUAGUUUUUGAUUUAACAACAGAUACAUUAUUCCAUCGUUAUAAAUUUCCAAAUAAUGUUUAUAAAUCUGGUCAAUCAUUAUUUAUUACACCGAUUGUAGAUACACGUGAUCCACCACCAGUUGGUCAUUGUUUAAAUUCAAAAGUAUAUAUUGCUGAUGUUACUGCAUAUGGUUUAAUUGUAUACGAUUCAAUGCAAGAUGAUUCAUGGCGUAUUGAACAUGAAACAAUGAGAUCAUCUGAUCAAUUUUCAAAUAUAACAAUUGCUGGUGAAAGUUUUAUGUUACAAGAUGGUAUCUUUGGUAUGUCUGUAACACCACAUGAUGGUGGUGAAAGAUUUUUAAUAUAUCAUCCAUUAGCAAAUAAUAUUGAAGUUAUGGUACCAUUAAGUAAAUUAGAUAAUAAAUCAUUAUGGAGAAAUCCAAAUUCAAAUGGAAAUAUAUUCCAAGUAAUUGGUAGAAGAAAUGAACAAGCAUCAGCACAAGCAAUUGAUAGUCGCGGUAAUUUAUUCUUUGGAUUAGUUAAUUCAAUUGGUAUUGGUAGUUGGAAUUAUAAGAGCCCAUGGAAUGGUAAUAGUUCAGCUGUAUAUAUAAAUCCAGAAACAUUACAAUUUGCAAGUGGUUUAAAAAUUGUUAAAAAUCAAAAUAAUCAAGAAGAAUUAUGGAUUAUGACAAUUCGUUUUCAGAAAAUAAUGGCUGGAACUCUGAAUACAAAUGAAAUUAAUUUCCGUAUACAAAAAACUUUGGUCAACAAUUUGAUUUGUUAAGCAUCCUGGAGAAUUAUUUUAACUGCUGCAUUCUAAAUUAUAGUGUACUUUAGCACUCUAAUUAAGAUUCAUUUUGUAAUCAAUUUCUAGUUUUAUAGAAAAGCUUUAAAAAAAAAAAAAUUAAAAUUGUAAUACUUUUGUAAUUUGUUUUAGUAUAAAAAAAACAAAAACAAUAUGUAUGUUUGUAAAUAUAAAAAUUAAAUUUAAUUAUUAAUGAAAUUUUACAUGUUUAAGAAACACUUGAUAUAGCUAUUUUUGAAAUUUUUUAGAAAAAAAUUGCAAUUCUAUUUAGAGUAAAAAAAAUUUUUAUAUAAAACAUGUAGUAUGAAAAAAUCACCAUCUAUACUAUAAAAUCUAGUUAAAUCAUUAAAAAAAAAAAUAACUACUUAGUUGUGUACUUGUAUAUGUAUCAUUU